CUUUGGCGGUUAACUCUGUUAGAUAUUAAGUUUUAACUCUCGUUAUAAAACUUUCAACAAUUAUUAACUCUAAUAAGAAGAGAUAAAAGCGACCAAAAUGAAGACAAUAGCAACAGACAAAAUGCCCGAGCAAACCGAAGUCGACCAGAAACCCGUAGAAGUUGAUUCUGGAACUGAUUCUGAGCCCGAUGAUAUCCCAGAUUUGGAGCCAACUGGUUCCGGCUCUUUGAAUCCUGAUGUAAGCAAAGCUAAACAGUCUCGAGGGGAAAAAAAAGCUCGUAAACUUAUGUCGAAACUUGGAUUGAAACCAAUCCAAGGAGUUUCAAGAGUUACCAUUCGGAAGUCAAAGAAUAUUCUAUUCGUUAUUAACAAACCAGAUGUGUUCAAAAACCCUGCAUCUGAUACUUACAUCAUUUUUGGUGAAACUAAGAUUGAAGAUCUUAGUCAGCAAGCUCAAAUGGCGGCUGCUGAAAAAUUCAAGGCCCCUGAACUUUCUCAAGCCACAGACACUGGCGCAACAACCGUUGUAGCUCCAAUCCAAGAAGAGAGCGAGGAAGAAGAAUUAGACGCAACAGGAAUUGAAGAAAAGGAUAUAGAGCUUGUGAUGUCACAGGCGAACGUUAGCAGAAAUAAAGCCGUUAAAGCACUAACAAAUAACCAGAAUGAUAUAGUUAAUGCGAUUAUGGAAUUGACGAUGUGAGUUUUAAAUAUGAAAAUGCUUCAGUGGGAACUCCUUGUUAAUUUUCUUUUAUCCUUAUUUCUUUGUAUUAAAUAAACUCUAUUCUAUAACU